UGGUGGGCAGCGCGGGGGGAGCGUUGCCAUUGGGGUACCUCUGGUUAACCCCGUACUUCCCCACGCGCGCGUGGCCCCCGCCGGCAGAGGCGGCGGGUUGUUGACGCGUUGCCUAGUGACGGUCGCGACGCCGGGGACGCGUGCUAGCGCCGGUGGUAGCCGGUGGCCGGUGACAGCCGCCGCCCGACCCCGGUGCGGGAACAGCGGCAGUGAGUCUGCGUUUUCCAUCUUGCCGUGGUGCAGGCAGGUGGGGAAAUGGUAGAGGAGAAAGAGGGCUCGGGCCCUUCAAACCCUGCAGGUGGCAGGAGCCCUCAGCUGCAGGAGCCCCUGGGGCAUGUGAAGAAAAACAAGCAGCAGGUCUCCGAGGGAUUCACGAUUAAAGCCAUGAUGAAAAACACCGUGGUAAGAGGGCCCCCAUCUGCAGGAGCAUUUAAAGAAAGACCACCAAAGCCCACAAUAUUUCGCAAGUUUUAUGAGCGAGGAGACCUCCCAAUUGCCCUUGAUCAUGAUACUGCAGGAAACAAAAUCGCCUGGAAGGUAGAGAUAGAAACCCUGGACUAUCAUUCCUAUCUGCCUAUUUUUUUUCAUGGCCUUUGUGAAACGACAUUUCCACAUGAGUUUUUUGCUCGUCAAGGAAUCCACGACAUGCUGGAACAUGGUGGAAACAAGAUUCUUCCUGUCAUUCCUCAGCUCAUUAUUCCAAUAAAAAAUGCACUGAACCUUCGUAACCGGCAGAUCAUCUGCAUCACACUGAAAGUCCUCCAGCACCUGGUGGCAUCAGCUGACAUGGUGGGGAGGGCCUUGGUGCCCUAUUAUCGGCAAAUCCUCCCAAUCCUAAGCAUCUUUAAGAAUAUGAAUGAUGACAUAAGCCAAGGUCUCCUUUUCCUGUUCUUGAUGGACUGCUCAGUUAAUUCAGGUGAUGGGAUAGAAUACAGCCAGCAGAAGCGUGAAAACAUUGGAGAUCUGAUUCAAGAGACACUGGAAGCCUUUGAACGCUGCGGUGGAGAAAACGCAUUUAUAAACAUUAAAUACAUGAUCCCUACUUACCAGUCAUGCAUAUUAAACUGAGCUGUAUCAAAUGGAAUGAUUCCAUUUGUAUUCUAAAAAAAACUGUGUCUGACUCUCUAUGGCAUCUUGUUAGUCAUGCUUUUUUUCUCUACAGCUGCUAAAAUAGUGGCUUCUGGGGCAUUAAAGUGUUAGCACUAUUGUGAGCAAGGCUUUCCAAUAGAUAAAUAGUGCCUGUUCCUCUGAUUACAAUGGUGUACUGUGCUUGUUUGUUCCCUGAAAGAAUUGCUCCCUUAUAACAGAGCUGACUCGAGCAGGAAUCGAAGUUAAACCUUCACUUGUAUAGACAAUAAAACUAUAAUUUUCAUACGCGA